AUGUUAUGGGCUCCAUUCAAAGCUAUCUUUUUAUGUAUCCAAUUGUUUUGGGUCAUGGGGUGCGUUUCUCAAAGUCCAGAUUUCAUCAUUGUUCAGAAUCCUCCCUCUAUACCUACAUUAGUAGUUGGCCAAUUUGUUGGUAAAAUGCGUAAAGCAUGGUUUAUCAUUGACUGGCACAAUUUUGGCUAUUCUAUUUUGAACAUGAAGGUCGGUAACAAUUUGAAUCAUCCCAUGGUCAAAUUUGCCCUGUGGUACGAGAAGAAAUUUGGACAUACUGCUUUUGCUCAUCUAACAGUGACAGACGCCAUGCAUCGAGAGUUGGAAGAUAAAUGGAAAGUUGAAGGCAAAAUAAUUACCGUUCGUGAUAAACCUCAAUCCGACUUUAAACGAUUGACUAUUCAAGAAGUUCAUCAGAAGUUCACUCAGUCAUUAAAAAUGAUCGAGGACAUUGUCAGGAAAGAAACAAUUGAAGGAGAUACAUUUUUAGGAGAAUAUAAUGACCGCGAGUUGGGUACACUGCUCACUGACGCAGAUGAGAAGGGCUACUUAAAGUGGAGAGAAGACAGACCAAAGCUCAUUGUUUCAUCCACCAGUUGGACAGAAGACGAAGAUUUCUCCAUACUGCUAAAAGCUAUCGAACUUUAUGAGGAAGCUGCUAAACCAUCAGAUCCUCGAUUGUUAUUUGUCAUCACAGGAAAUGGGCCAUUGAAGAAGCUUUAUGAAGCAAAGAUAAAAAAGAUGAACUUGAAAAAGACUAGAAUUAUCACUGCUUGGUUAGAGGCAAGAGAUUAUCCUUUGUUGUUAGGUAGCGCUGAUCUAGGUCUUUCCUUACAUACAAGUACAAGCGGUAUGGACUUACCGAUGAAGGUUGUUGACAUGUUUGGCUGUGGUUUACCUGUUUGUGCCAUUUCGUUCCCAUGGUAA